AUAAAUAAAAUAUUUCUUCGUGCGCAACACGAGGAAUUUACAUAGUUCUGAAUAAAAGCUUAACAAAUCGAAACUGCGGACCUUAGUUCCAUUCCGCACUGUAGAAAAUGGCAAGUGAUGAUCUUCGCUUCUUUGAGUUAAACACAGGUGCUAAGAUACCUUCCGUUGGUUUGGGCACUUGGCUUGCUCAACCCGGUGUUGUUGCUCAUGCCUUGGCCACUGCUAUCAACGUUGGAUAUCGGCAUAUAGAUUGUGCUCAGGUUUAUGGCAAUGAAAAAGAGAUUGGUGAUGCCUUGAAGAAGUUGUUUGCUGAUGGUGCUGUUAAGCGGGAAGACAUGUUUAUCACCUCCAAGCUAUGGUGUACUGAUCACUUGCCAGAAGACGUUCCAAAGGCAUUUGAUAGAACAUUACGGGAUUUGCAGCUGGACUAUCUGGAUCUAUACCUUAUUCAUUGGCCAGUCAGCAUGAAAAAUGGGCAACUUACCAAACCUGACAUACCUAGCACAUGGAGAGCAAUGGAGGCACUCUACAAUUCUGGCAAGGCUCGAGCUAUUGGAGUCAGCAAUUUCUCUGUAAAGAAACUUCAGGAUCUGUUGGAUGUGGCACGUGUGCCUCCAGCUGUUAAUCAAGUGGAAUUGCAUCCUUCAUUACACCAGCCAAAAUUGCAUGCCUUCUGUAAAUCCAAUGGAGUGCACUUAUCUGGUUAUUCACCUCUGGGUAAAGGAUACGGUGAAAGUAAUGUUCUUAAAAAUCCACUUCUGCACACGGCUGCAGAGAAGUUAGGGAAGACUCCAGCCCAGAUAGCUCUUAGAUGGGGACUACAGAUGGGUCACAGUGUACUGCCCAAGAGCACAAAUGAUGCAAGGAUCAAAGAAAACUUUGAUCUGUUUCACUGGUCUAUACCUUCAGAUUUGCUGCCCAAGUUCUCUGAAAUUGAGCAGGAGAGAGUUGUUACUGGAGAAGACUUCGUUAGCAAGACAUCUGCUGGGUACAAAACCACUGAAGAACUCUGGGAUGGUGAGUAAUGUGGAUUCUAUGUUGACCAUUGUUUUUCUCCUGUUGUUUAAUGCAGAAUGAGCUUAUCUUUAUGAUUACUGUAAUAAUUUACAAUGUAUUUACUAUUUUGGAAUUAAGGUGUGUUAUUGGAGUUUUAAAGUUCACAUUAAUAUCUCGACAUUUUGAAAUUCAGUCAUUUGGGUUAUGGCUUUAGGAUAU